AUGCGUCCCACCCCCUUGCAGGAUCUAUCCGUUUCCGCUCUCAAAUCAAAUAGAUUUGACCUCGAAACUUUAAUUUUCGUAUUAUUGAAUUAAAAUAAUUACAUAUCAAGUGCAUAGAGUACAUAUUAAAAGUGAAACUAUAUUCGGAGUUAUAGGCACAGAAAUAUAUGCAACAAACCUUCAGAACUUCGAUUAAUUUUAAAUUUGGAAUCUGCGCCGGGUUUCAUGAGUAAGAUAUGUAUUGGUUAAGUCAACCUAUAAAUUACUAAUAUAACUAAAAGAGUUUUAAAUGAAUGAGUAAAUUAAUUAAAGUUAAGUAAAGUUCUAUCAGAUCAAUAUUGUAGUAGUAUUUUUUUAUGUGACUGUAAUGGUACACAAGCUGGUUGCUCCGUAGAUGGUAAAUGUAAUGGCUGAAGAAGACUUUUCUACCUUGAUACAUAUUUCUCCAGCGCUCACCAACGAGAAGCUCAGCUACUCACUCACUCAAUGGUUUGGUGAACCAAUGACCUUCACUCACUGGGAGUAUUUGAGCGACACCGGCAAAGGCGAUUCGUAUCUGAGCGAACUUAUCAAAAUAAAGAUACACGGCAAAACCGGAGCUGACACAUCCAAAUAUGUCCAAGUUAUAUUAAAGAAUAUACCUAAAAGUCUAUCUAGAAGAUUAACAUACAAAAGUGACGAGUUUUUCAAGAACGAGAUAAACUUCUAUGAGAAAGUCUUGCCAGCGUUAAUAAAAUUUCAAUCAACCAAAACUGUAUCAGAUCCUUUCGAUAAAUAUGUGAAAUUAUUCCUAUCGUACAGCGAUGGAGUCAAUGACGUGAUCUGUCUUGAAGAUGCGUCGCUAGAAAACUUUGGAAGCGCCGUUAGACAAGAAGGCAUAGACUAUGAACAUUGUAAAAUAACUUUUAAAGUGCUUGCACAGUUCCAUGCACUAUCCUUUGCCAUGAAAGAUCAACAACCUGAGGAAUUUGAGAAGAUCAGGACCGAAGUGUUCGAGACAUACUAUCAUGACAGGCUCCGAGAUUGGUAUACAAGGUUUUGGAACAGAAUCAGUGGUAUAGCCAUCGAUGCUGUAGAAAGAGAGUAUCCUAAUACAAUUUAUGUGGAGAAGAUAAAGAAAUUUGCAGUUCCUGAACGUUACGACGACAUGAUCGCUGCUGCAACGGGAACUUUAGAGACUGGUGUAAUAUCCCAUGGAGAUUCUUGGACCAACAAUUUCUUAUACAAAUAUGUGAAUAGCUCUCCGGUAGAUGCGAAAAUAAUUGAUUUUCAGCUAUCAAGGUGUGCAUCCCCCGUGUUAGAUAUUGCUUUUGUGGUAUACGCAUGCACUACCCAAGACAUGAGGGAUAAGUACUAUGAUGAAUUGCUGAAAUAUUAUUACGAAGUGUUGGCGAAACAAAUAAGAGAGCUGGGCAGUGACCCAGAUAAAUUGUAUUCAUAUGAGGUCUAUAUGGCCGAGAUAAAGAAAUACUCGUACUUUGGACUGGCGUUCAGUUUUGAGUCGACCCCGUUUAUUAUUUUGGCGCCUGAGGAUGCUGUCAAUAUGGAGAUGAAGGGUGAUGAAAAAUUGAACAUCGAUGAUGUGUGGCAGAUGAAACCUUUCAAGACGAAGGAGGGUAGACUUCGGGAGGCGAAUAAUGUGGUGCAUUGCGUGGACAGAGGAUACAUAUAAAAUAAUAUGUAUGUCAGUCUUUAUAAGUAUACAGAUACAGAGUUAGUCAUAAAGGGUAUUUGUAUGGUAUAUGUCUACAUAUUUACAUAAAUGUAUGGGAAGGGGAAAAUAUGCGUAUUUUUUUAUGAUUUAUUCUAUUUAAAUAAAAGAAUUGACAAAGAAAUGUUAAAAAGAC